AUGGACUAUUUCGCCACCGCUACUGUCACUGCUAGCUCCACCUCUACAAACCCGACGACCUCCAACGUCAGUCAUAAUAACAAGCACAAGCCCAAGAAGAAGGCCGUCGGCGGCGGCGGCAACUACUGCUGCAAGCUGUCGACAGACCCGCAGAGCGUGGCGGCGAGGGAGAGGCGCCACCGGAUCAGCGACCGCUUCAAGAUCCUGCAGAGCUUGGUCCCCGGCGGGGCCAAGAUGGACACCGUCUCCAUGCUGGACCAGGCCAUUCACUACGUCAACUUCCUCAAGGCCCAGAUCCUCAUCCACCAAUCCCUAAUCAACAAUACUACUACUACUACUACUCAUGCUGCCGCCGACAUGGGCCGUCAGUAUCGCAAUCGUCAAGUGCACUACUACAACGAGGACCCGGCGGCCUCCUUUUACUUCACCAGAUCUCCGGAUACUUCUUACUGCACCCAUCCGGAAGAAGCGGGUGGCUCCCAGCUGAUGUUCCCGCCGCCGGACUAUUUUGUGGGUCAAGCUGGAGAAGGAGGAGUCCGGUAUUAUUCGUAA